AUGCCUCGUCAAACCUUGAUGGCCAACCGACCUCAGACAUUUACAGUAUUCCCAAAACUUCCCGCGGAAAUUCGCCGUCUGAUAUUCGAGGCAAUGUGCAAGCCUCGAACGAUAGAAGUCUUGUACGAAGGCUAUGAGGUGAUCGACGCCCGAGGCUUCUACACUUAUGCUCCGUCCCCACCAGCUUUGGAUAUUUGUCGAGAAUCACGAAACACUGUUAUUAGUCGAUAUCCUCUGUGCUUUGGAUCAGUCUUCUUCCCUGCCACCGUACGAUUUAACUUCGAACUGGAUACCCUUUUCCUCGACGAGCAUUUCCGUGAGGAUCUUCCACAUCUAGUCAGUACUUUCAAGGACGCGGAAUUCAACGGUCUUCGAUAUCUCGCUCUUAGCGACUACUAUCUCGUCCCCUAUACGGACUCCGACCUGAGAUUGGAUGAAAAUCUGCAGAGGACAUUGGAGGCUCUCAAAUCGUUAAAAGAACUUCUGCUCGUUUUCGACGUAGAAAGAAUGAACUCUGUGCCAUUCCAUGCCCUACACUCCCGAAUAUGGAGGAGUUGUUUUCGGACGGAAGAGGCGGCAAAGCUUGGGAUGGGCCUUACCGCCUGGUGUAUGGCUGGAAGCAAUGUGAAGACUGGCCGGAAUAUCUAUCUAGAUUCGGAUGACAGUGACAACACGGAUUCUUCGGAAGUGGAACAGGACUUUUUGGAACAUCUCUCGGGCAAUGACACAGAAAGUGUGAAUUGA